AUGGGUUUCUUCAGUACCAUUUUCGGGUUUUUUGGCUUUGGAAUUGGCAUUUCCAUUGGUGUUGUUGCUGGCUAUUUUCUAUUCAUUUACGUUCAACCCUCCCAUGUUAACGAUCCUGAAAUCAAGCCAUUGGUGGAGGAAGAGGCAGAAACUUUGCAACGAAUGAUUCCUGAAAUUCCACUUUGGAUAAAAAAUCCAGACUUCGAUCGGGUUGACUGGCUUAACAAGCUUAUUGAAUAUAUGUGGCCGUACCUUGACAAGGCAAUAUGCAAGACCGCAGAGAACAUUGCAAAACCCAUAAUUGCUGAGCAGAUCCCAAAAUAUAAAAUUGAUUCUGUUGAGUUCGAAGUGCUCACCCUGGGGUCCCUGCCACCAACUUUUCAAGGAAUGAAAGUUUAUGCGACUGAUGAGAAGGAGUUAAUUAUGGAGCCUUCUGUAAAAUGGGCUGGAAAUCCUAAUGUCACUAUUGCAGUUAAGAAAUUUGGGUUGAAAGCAACUAUUCAGGUAGUGGAUUUGCAAGUUUUUCUUGCACCUCGUAUUACUUUGAAACCUUUGGUACCAAGCUUUCCUUGCUUUGCCAACAUCUAUGUGUCUCUAAUGGAAAAGCCACAUGUUGAUUUUGGUCUAAAACUUAUAGGGGCUGAUCUAAUGUCUAUUCCUGGCCUCUACAGGUUUGUUCAGGAGAUUAUCAAAGAUCAGGUUGCAAAUAUGUAUCUAUGGCCCAAAAACCUGGAAGUUCAAAUUAUAGAUGGGAAUCUUAGAGCCAUGAAGAGGCCUGUUGGAAUUUUAAAUGCAAAGGUUCUGAAAGCAAUGAAGUUACAGAAGAAAGAUCUUCUUGGUGCAUCCGACCCUUAUGUGAAGCUAAAGCUGACCGGGGAUAACCUGCCGUCGAAAAAGACUACUGUGAAGCACAAGAACUUGAACCCUGAAUGGAAUGAGGAAUUUAAUUUGGUUGUUAAAGAUCCCGAGUCCCAGGUUUUAGAGCUUCAUGUUUAUGACUGGGAGCAGGUUGGGAAGCAUGACAAGAUGGGUAUGAACAUGAUCCCUUUGAAAGAACUUCCUCCUGAAGAACCUAAAAGUUUUACUCUUGACCUCCUUAAAAACAUGGAUCCCAACGAUGUCCAAAAUGAGAAGAACCGCGGGCAGAUUGUUCUUGAAUUGACAUAUAAACCUUUCCGGGAGGAAGACUUGGCCAAGGGUUUCGAAGAGACGCAUUCAUUUAAAAAAGUUCCUGAAGGCACUCCUGCUGGUGGAGGUCUGCUCGUAGUUAUAGUCCACGAAGCUCUAGACGUUGAAGGAAAACAUCACACUAAUCCACAUGUACGUCUUAUGUUCAGAGGGGAAGAGAGAAAGACUAAGACCAUGAAAAAGAACAGAGAUCCAAGGUGGGAAGAGGAGUUCCAAUUUAUGGUGGAGGAGCCUCCCACUAACGACAAAGUACAUAUGGAGGUUGUCAGCACUUCAUCACGAAACUUGCUACGUCAGAAGGAAUCACUGGGUUACGCUGACAUCAGUCUUGCGGAUGUUGUUGCUAACAAAAGGAUCAAUGAGAAAUACCAUCUUAUAGACUCCAAGAACGGUCGCAUCCAGAUAGAGCUACAGUGGAGAACUUCAUAAGCUGGUUGAUAAAAUUCUCCAUGGAUCUACGCUUUCCCGUUUCCUUUUUUUCUCUUUUCUUCCUUUAAAAUUGAGUCUUGCAUGAAGU